AAGUUAUCUUGUGUGGUUAGAAUAUUUACCAAAAAUUAAGCAUCAUCACAACCACGUACACAAAAAUUAUGAACAAAUUCAUUCACACACACUAUAUAUAAUAAAUUGUAGGCUUAUAAUUUCCAUAAGAAAAAAAAGAAAAUAAUAAUAAGUAUGGCAUUGAAGGUGAUGUUUUUCGUUGCAGGAGUAGUUUUGGUUUUACAGGUGAUUACCACAUCUGGUGCACCGAGCAUCAUUCCAGCAGAUGGCUCAAAGUUGGAUAGUUGGAUUGAGCACAACGUACAAGCUCAUGAGAGGGACAAGGACGAUCAUGCCCUUGACAAGGUACUGGCGACAGCACAGGCCUCCUCUAAGGUGAUCAAGGUCAGCCAAGAUGGAAAGGGAGAUUUCAAGUCGAUUACAGAUGCUGUUAAAAGUAUUCCUGCGGGGAACACUGCUAGGGUCAUAAUCUCAAUUGCUGGUGGGGUUUACAAGGAGCAUAUAUUGGUGGAAAGGACGAAACCCUUUGUCACAUUUUUGGGGGAUAAAGGUAAUAUGCCUAUAAUCACUUUUGAUGGCACAGCGGCAAAAUUUGGGACUUGGAAUAGUGCCACUGUUUCGGUUGAAUCAGAUUACUUUAUGGCAGCUAAUAUUCAAUUUGUGAAUUCGUCUCCAAGGCCAAAGGGAAAUGGGAGUGGGGAACAAGCAGUGGCAUUGAGGAUAUCAGGAGACAAGGCAGCUUUCCACAACUGCAAAUUCAUAAGUUUCCAAGAUACCUUGUGCGAUGAUAAAGGUAGACAUAUAUUCAAGGAUUGUUAUAUUGAAGGUUCUGUAGAUUUCAUCUUUGGCGAUGGACAGUCACUUUACUUGAAUACAACCAUCAGAUCGGUUGCCAAAAUGUCAGGGGUCAUCACAGCCCAUGGAAGGGAUAAUGCAGCUGAAGACAGUGGGUUCACCUUUGUUCAUUGCAAAAUCAUAGCCGAUGGUGAUACUUACUUGGGUCGAGCUUGGAGGGAGAUGCCCAGAGUGAUAUUUGCUUAUACCGAAAUGGGUAACAAUAUCAAUACUAGUGGUUGGUCCGACGGCAUGGGCUCACCUGAAAAAAAUGCAGGAAAUUCCAAAAAUAAUGAUGUGUUUUAUGGGGAGUACAAGUGUACCGGACCUGGAUCAAGCACAUCUGGACGCGCUAAGUAUUCAAAGAUUUUGACUGAUGAGGAGAUCAAGCCAUUCAUGAGCUUUACUUUCAUCCAAGGCAACAAGUGGGUUAUCGAACCUCCAAGGGUUUAAACCUUGAAUGAUGUAAUCAUGAUGGGUUAUAAAAUCAUUUUGAGAAGAAUAAAACAUAGUUUAUAUUUCGCGACAUAUUCAUGUCCAAUUAAAUCCAAAUAAAGAUAUUGUACGUAGAUUAAAUAUAUAUUUUUCAUUUCAUAUUUAUUGAUAUGAAAUAUUUAAUUUUGUAAUCAUUUGUAACCUAUGAAUCAUUGAUAUUAAUGAAUAUAAAAAUUUUUGGACUA